AAGUGUGAAGUUGGUUUUUUAUCAUAUUUGUGUUGUUUAUUUGCAAAAAUCCUUAGUAAUUGACUACUGACAAUUCUUUAACUGACAGAAAAUACUUUUCAUUGUGUAGUUUAUGUCACACUACAUAUUAGCAUAUUAAAUUGUAUCUUAAAAACUCUAUAAUGAGCAGAUUUCUCCUUUCCUACCAAAUGACAUAAACUUUCAAAGAAAGGAAGAAUUUCUGGAAGAAUUUUAGAAAAUUAAGAACUACAUAUGAAUCCAAAUAUAAACAGACUGAACCAACUUUCCCCCAAUUUUCCUUAUUUCCUUUUUUUUUGUACCAAAUUGCACGAAAACGUUUUGCUAAAUGACCUGAAAGUUGACCGAUAUAUACUGAACCUCCAGAUUACAUAGAAUAUUUCCAGGAAAUUAGAAUAACAUUAAGAGGCAUGUAAUAAUAAUGUGUUACCAUAGUAACAUACAGUACAGAUGUAGCUGCAUGUAAGAACAAAACAAAAAAUGAAACGUAAAAAUAAAAGAGAAAAAUAAAAACUAUCAUGAACCCAUCCACUAACUUUAUAUUUUGCCCUUUAAGAAAAAAAAAUUCUUUCUUCAGAAUCAUCUCUAUAGUGCACUUUUUUUUAUUUAUAAUGUAUUAACUGGUGAAUAGUGCAUUAGAGUGAACUUCCUAACCAACGACACUCAGUCCAGCUUCUUUUGAAGCAACUUCUUUCAUACAUGUGUAACAUUUUAGACCAAUACUAUGAGUCUAACAUCGCUCUCGUUUAUUGUAUGUGUAUUGAGGGGUGUGUUGCCUUCUGGUUUUUAUAUUACAAAUGAAAAUGUUGCUUUUCUGUUUUCCAGCUUUGUAGAGCAUAGUGUUCAGAAUAACAUGAAUAAUUAAUUGCGAUCUAUCACCGAUAUCUUGUUUCAGGUUUUAUUGAUCUUAUUUGCCUUGUGUUACCAGAAAAUGCUACAUUUGGGAUGAUUUUUUUCUUGGAUCACAUUCGACUAGAUAGACUGAGUAUAAACACACAAGAGGAAAAUAAAUGUGGAAACUGAUUUAUAUUUAAUGAUGUGACACCUUCUGAGUGGAAAUGUUUUUUAGUUACUUCCAGAAUCAAUCAUCUCGGUCCUCUAAAUGCAUCCUGGUUCUCCUCUGAAUUAAACUUUUGGACUAUGAAGGAGGAUCGGUCUCAUCAACUGAGUCUGUGUGCUGCUGUCAGCACAGAUUCUUAGAGCUGCUGAAGCCUGAGGUGGACAGCAGGAUACGGAGGAAUGGCUGAGCAAAUAAAAGGAUGCUAUUGAUUUGCCGUCCACACACUCAUCUUGUGACGCCCAUGCACACAUAGCUGUAAGGUCAUACGUCAGAAACAGGCAUGACUUUGCUCACGGAUCUCACCACUCGCCAUCCUAAAGCAGGCACAACAUUUACACUGUGCAGAAAACACACAUUGAUUUCCCAAUAAAGAGAAUAUUAUGCUGUGAGUGUCUGCUACUUUAUCUUCAUUUGAAUUAUUUAUAUUAACUUUCGCCAUCAGUUAGGAACCUUUUUUUCUGCUUAAGUUACUGUAAAAGGGUUUAAAAGAGUUCUGCAUUGGAAAUAUUGCAUUUGUAUUGUGUUUGUUUUUGUAGCAUCAAAAAACUUUUUUGUCCAUCACAAAGCAAUGGAAAUCUGUCUUUGAUGUCGCUCACAUACAGUACACAUCCAGUAAAAACACUUUUGUUUUGUUUUUUUUGGGGGGGGGGGGAUUUGAUAAAAAAGGAGCAGCUAUGAGUGAUAACAACAAUACACAACAAAAGUUAACAAAACAGUACUCACAUCUGUUCUUCACCAAAGGGGGCGGUGCCGGUUUACAUGAUGUCAGAGGUGAGAGGAAAAUUUAUGGUAAUUCAGGUCCGAGGCCCUCUUAUAGAGAGUGAGGAGACAUUUCUUAAGUCUCUCUGGGAGUUGUGUUGGGGUUCAGGACUGCCGGGUGAGGAUCAGGGAUCAGAGAACAGAGAAGGACGACAACCACUUACAGGAUGAGGACUCUGACACUGCUGCUGCUGGUGGUUUUGGCUUUUAUAUCUGCCACUGCGGGAAAAAAUAGAAGUCAGUUCACUCGUUACCGCUCAUGGAACUCACGGAUGUAUCCUGUGUGGAAAGAUGGAGAUGCAAGAUUCAGAAACUGUUGGUCUGGUGGUGAAGUAACCUUUGAUCUUAAGAAUGAUGCACCAACACUGACUGGAGCGAGAGCAACCUUCAAUAUUAAUCUCAAUUUCCCACCAAACCAGACAGUGCUCGCUGAUGGGCAGGUGGUCUGGGCACGUAACUGCACCAUCGAUGGACAACAGUAUCAGGAGGGUCAGGCUGUGUAUCCAGAUCAAGACACUCAGUCGACUGGAGUUUUUCCUGACGGCACACCGUUCACCAGGAGCCAGAACAAGAAACCUCACUACGUGUUUGUGUGGAAGACAUGGGGGCGUUACUGGCAAGUGGCAGAUGGACCAUCCUCCUCACUCACCAUUGGUACAGACAACAUCCCCCUGGGCUCCUACAACAUGGAGGUUGUCAUCUAUCACUGCCGUGGUAAAGACAGAUUCAUCCCCCUUGGCUACGCCUCCACAGUCUUCUCCAUCACAGACCAAGUCCCUUUCACUGUAUCACUCAGUCAAGUCAAUGACAUAAACCAGGACGACACAAACUUCAUCCAGAACCGAGCCAUCGCUUUUAGCGUCAACCUCCAUGAUCCCAGCCAGUACCUCAGUACCUCCGAUAUCAGCUUCAGCUGGGACUUUGGUGACAACACGGGAACUCUGAUCUCCAGGGAGCGCACUGUCACACACACAUACCUUGCAGUUGGGACCUUCAAACCUCAGGUGGUUCUGAUGGCGAGUAUCCCCAAUGGCUGCGGAAACCCCACUGCUGUGGUCCCUGUUGAUGCCUCUGCUGCCCCAGUUGUAGUUGUGAUGGCCUCCACCCCUGCAGCUGUCCCAGCAGCACCAGCUGAGGGAGGAGAUGCGAUUGCUCUGGAUGUGCCUGCCUCUGACACCACUCCACUCGCUGCCUCUGUGCAGCCAGCUGAGGCCGCCGUAAACACAGAUGACGGAGAAGCAGUUGUUGAUACAGACACAGAGGUGGUGGAGGUUGCCUCAGUAGCACCUGCAGGAGUUGAUGCAGCUGUUGUUCCAGCAGAACAAGAUCCCGCCAACACUGUCGCUCCUGCAGCAGAAGUAGAUGCUGCUGUAGAGGAGACAGAUGCCGCUGCAGGAGAGGUGGCCACCGCUGCCCCUGUCGCACCUGCAGCCGAAGAGGCGGCAGAUGCUGACACAGCUGCUGCAGAUGAAACUGCAGUGGUUGCAGAUGCAGCUGAAGAAAAUGUGCCUGUGAUUGACGCUGCUGCUGCUUCAGCUGCCCCUGUUGCUGAAGGAGAAGAAACUGCAGUUGACGGAGGAGCCACGGUCCUUCCAGAGGUCGCUGACACUGUUACUGUUGCUCCUGUGGCAGAAGUAGCUGAGGAGCAAGAAACUGCUGUUGUGGCUGCUGAUGUUGAAGUUGAUGCUGCUGCUGAUGUUGAAGCUGCUGCUGCUGCUGAUGUUGCUGCAGAGGUUGUCCAAGCUGAAACAGAGGCCCCUGCUGAUAACGCUGUAGCUCCUGCUGCCACUGAGAGCACAACUGUAGAAGAGGCAGCACCAGCCGAAGCUGCAGUUGCUACCGAGACAGAAACACUAGAAACAGAGAAUGAGGUUGCAGCUACUGAGGUUCCUGCAGAGCAACCAGCCGGUGAUGAGACAGUUCCAGCUGAAGGUGAAGUUCAAGCAGAAGUGGAAACAGAUACGGCACAGGUUGCUCUUGUUGUGGCUAAGAGACAAGCACCAGAGCUGACAGCUGACUGCAUGGUCUACCGUUAUGGCUCCCUCGCCACCUCUGUAGAUGUUGUCCAGGGUAUUGAAAGUGUAGAGAUUGUACAGGUGUCCAAUGUUGUGUCGAUGGCGACAGAGCUGAAUCAGAAUGCUGUGGAUGUCACCAUUAGCUGUCAAGGAAGUCUGCCAAGUGAGGUCUGCACAGUCAUUUCGGAUGCAGACUGCAUCACGCCAGUUGAAACGGUCUGUAAUGCAGCUUCACCUUCUCCAGACUGUCAAAUCAUCCUCCGUCAGUUCUUCAAUGACUCUGGAGUGUUUUGCAUGAAUGUCUCUCUGACCAAUGAUGUCAGUCUUGCUGUGGCAAGUGCUAGAGUCAGUGUAACAUUAGCCUCCGGAGGUUCCCCAGCUGGAACUGCCGCUACAGUGCUGGGUGUUAUGGUUCUUGCCUGCGUCGUCUGUUGUAUCGGUUUGAUGUACAGACGAUUCAAGCAGUACCAGCCACUAAGAGAAGACCAUGCCGACAUUAAUGGCGGAAGCUCGGCAGUAACAUCAGUGCCUUUGUUGUUGUGGAACUUGCUGAGCCGACAGUCACCAGGAGAAAGCCGUCCACUGCUUCAGGGGAGGAUUGUGUGAACAUCAUCAUCAGCUCAUGCACUCUACAACAAUAUCCACUAACAUAUCGGCUUUUUACACAUAAUACUCUAACUGUAUAUUGUAACUCCCAGUCAAUGUAUUAAACCAGAACCAAUUAUGUGAACCAAGUUAUGUGAACCAGCCCUGUGUACAACAACAUAUAUAGAAAUAGAAAGGAUUCAGGUGUGUAAUAAAAAUGUUGAAACAUUUUUAGAGAAAAGUGAUAUUUAUUUUGACCUACAGUAUUUUGUAUUAAUUGUCACUAAUAGUUUAUAGAAGCCAUAACUUAUUCUGUUAUUUGUGGCCUACUUAUACCAAACCGAUUGGCAAAUUAACGUUAACUGAUUUAAGUUCAAUUUACUUACAAUGUAAUUUAAAUCACAUACAUCACAGAACAUUAUUGUGUUUGUUACCCUAAAAUAAAUAAAA